CGUAUGACGCAUUUCACAUUCUCACAGUAGGAACAAGGGCGUGGUCAAAGGCAGAAUCAAACCGCGCCUACCUUAUGUACUACAUCUACUUAACAAGCUUAUGAAAACGUCAUCGAUCGUCUCCGUUCCUAAAAUAAACAUAACCUAUAUUUUCUGUUAUAAAAUGAAAUCAAAAUUAUGGUUAUUUAAAAGAUUAUACAGUCAACAAUUGCCCCCGUCUCCAAAAAUCUGCAUUGUCGGUGCGGGGCCUGCCGGAUUUUACGCAGCCCAACACCUGUUGAAGAAAAUCCAAGAUGUUCAGGUUGACAUGUACGAGAGGCUACCUGUGCCUUUUGGUCUGGUAAGAUUUGGGGUGGCUCCGGAUCAUCCAGAAGUCAAAAAUGUCAUCAAUACAUUCACAAAGACUGCAGAGAAUCCAAAACUUAGGUUUUUAGGAAACAUGACACUAGGAGCAGAUGUUAGUCUGGAGGUGUUGAAGAAGGCGUAUCAUAUAGUGUUGUUGUCUUAUGGGUCAGAAGAGUGCAAUCAACUAGAAAUACCAGGAGAAGAAUUUAAAAAUUGUAUCAACGCUAAAAGAGUUGUUGGUUGGUACAAUGGUAUACCCAAGGACCGAAACCUGGAAAUGGAUCUGAGUGGAGAAAACGUGGUUAUUUUAGGACAGGGAAAUGUAGCAAUAGAUGUAGCAAGAAUACUCUUGAAAUCAGUUGAUGAAUUAAGAAAAACAGACAUCACCAGCUACGCACUGGAAGCUCUGCAAAAAUCUAAAGUGAAGCGAGUCUACCUCGUAGGUAGACGCGGCCCGCUACAAGCAGCAUUCACAAUCAAAGAAUUGAGAGAAGUACUAAAGCUUCCCAGUUGUAGCACAAUAUGGAGAAAAGAAGACUUUACUGAUGUGGAAAAACAUAUUCCGAAACUAAAACGACCAAGAAAAAGAAUUACAGAACUUAUGUUGCAAUCUGUCAACGAAAAUAAAGUAGUUGAAGGGCAAAAGGAAUUUAGGCCUGUAUUUUAUAGGGCGCCAUCUAGGAUAGAGGGAUAUAAUAAGAACAAGGUAUAUAUGAAAGCUAUUGUUCUGUGCAAGACAAUACUCGAAGGUGACACUGACCACAUUCACAAAAUGAGGGCAAUCAGUACUGAAGAUGAGGAAAGCAUUGAUUGCAGUCUAGUCAUUCCAAGCAUCGGGUACAAGGCUGUACCUGCAGAUACUGAUAUUCCAUUUGAUCAUAACAAGGGUAUAGUUAUGAACCAGCAUUACAAAGUGAAGAAAGGAUUGUAUGUAUGUGGAUGGUUGGGUACAGGUCCUAGGGGAGUCAUUCUGAACACUAUGAAUGGGGCAUUUGAAGCGGCGGAGGUUAUAUUGAAGGACAUUAGCGAAGGACAUCUGACUAACGAACCGAAAGGAGGAUUUGAAGAGGUCAAGAAAGGCUUGAAUAAUCAGGGACUGGGGCAGUUUGCUGAAAUGUAAGUGCAUUUAGGGUUUCCUUAUUGGUGUAGGGUUGACAGUAGAAGAGGAGCGAGACUCUUGAAACUGCCCUCGCCGAGACAGGGUGCCCCAUUUAUAUAGUUGGGGAUUACUAGGAAAAAGCGUCGAUUCAGUGAAAAAGUUCGCAAAAAUAACAAAACGGUUGCAAACUCUGAAAGUAGCUAGGGAAAUGUUAGGAAUUUUUUUUUGGGUGCCCUGCAAUGUGGGGGCCCAUCGAGGGACAACUCUUCAUCAUGUCCUGCAUGCGGGAGCACACUUAUCAUGCUCUUGGGCAUACAGGGGCACAUGCAAGGGCACAUCGAGGGAUAUGGACGUGGAGAUUAUUAUGUUUUUACUACAUGGUUGGCGGAUAUGGUGGACGACUCUUCAUCGAGGAAUGUGGACGACCAUCAUGCCCUUGCUCACAGCAUGGAGGGACACAGAUCAUGCGUGGCACAUCGAGGGGUGCAGUCGGCUCAUCUUACCCUUGGGAAGUAUUAUUGGAAAUGGUUAUUGUAUUCAGCUAGCAAAACUGUGAUAACGUUCAACGAUCCACUGUGCAAACGUUCGUCAACAAGAGGGGAAAGAGAACAAAGGAAUUCCCAUGUAUCCAUGAUGGCCGAGCUGUUAAACAGGGAUCCAGAAUUUAAAAGAACACUGCUAGGUAUUAAUAUGGUGUUGAUGAAUGGAACUCCCGACCGAAUAUUGAGAGUGAAGAUUUGUAUUGUCAGCUCAAAAGAUGUUCUGUCUGGAUAGCCGGAUGAAUGUUUCAUUGGGCAUAGAUGACUUGAGUAAAGAGAGAAGUUGAAUAUGAACAAUAGAUACAUGUUAUGAAUGAUUAAAGCCCUGAUUUAUAGUAUUCUGCAUUACAUGAAAACAGCAGUCAGUCAUCAAAAUUUUUACAGGAUAAAUCCGUGGAUGAUAGUAGAAUGGUCUACUGUCAAUAUAUCGAUGAUGUCUUACGAAAGAUUUACAGCCAAGUUCCAAACAAAAGCUUUUAAAGAUGUUCACGAGUUUCAUACAACUUUUUGAGAAAUUCAGGGACAUAUUUGGGAAACUAAUAUUCUGAGGCCAAAAGUUAUACUUCUCCAUGCUCCUGAAGAUGAUUACAGGCUACUACAUCCAGAAUGAACAUCAAUUGAAUUGAUAAAUGAAUCAAAGAAAAGGUUGAUAACUAAGGUAGGCUGGCGAUUUUCGAUUGCACAAAUGAACCCAGAAUUGUGGAACGACUUGAUCUUUAUUCCCCUGAUACAAUUAAUCUGAGCAGUGACGGUUGAGGUUUUCUAGGGGUUUCCCUCGCCCAAGUGCGAAUGCAGUCACCAAAAAACCAUAUUCCCCUAAUAAAUGGUAGAGAAAAUGAAAAUCAUAGUUAUCCUAUUAAUGAUCAUGUAAUUUUACAUCAAAUAGUUAAUAAAUAUGUUUAUAUAAUAAAA